AAGCUUACGUUGCGUUAAGGCGGCGCUGGUAAUUUCGAAAGAGAUCUUCUUCCAGUUUGUUCCCCCGCGGUUUCUCUCUCCGGCAGGCGCGAGGGAGAGAGGAGCGGUUUCCGCCAUUGGAGGUGGAGGAUGCACCACCUCAAGCUUCCCGCCAAGGCGAAGGCCUCGCUUCUGCUGCUCGCCGCCGGCGGCCUCUCCUUCCAGGCGGCUUCGUCCUCCGACCUCCUCUCGUUCCCCCGCCAUUCUUCCCUCGCCUCUCCUCCUCCUCGUCCUCCGACGACGACGAAUCUCGCCGGCAAGGUCCGGGCGUUGAUCGACGGCGUCUCGCGCUCCUCUCGUGCCGUCUCCACGGUGGCGAUCACUGUCGUGGACUACGAGCUCUCCUUGCGCGGGCUUUCGCGGGACUCCGAGGAGUAUCUUCGCAAAUUGUCCGAGGUACAUUCGCGGUCAGCUACGAGAAUUUUGAAGCUAUGCGAAGCCAACAAAGGCUUCUAUGUCAAAGCUGGUCAGUUUGUUGCAGCCAUCAGGCAGGUUCCUGAGGAAUAUAUAUCGACGCUUUCGUCAUUACAGGAUAAGGCAGUCCCUUGUCCUUUCAAGGCAAUAAGGGAUGUACUAAUCAACAACUUUGGACAAGAUUUAUCAUGCAAAUUCUGUUCAUUCGAUGAAGUGCCAAUAGCUGCUGCAUCUAUAGCUCAGGUUCAUCGUGCAGUUUUAAAAGACAGUCAUGAAGUAGCAGUUAAGGUACAAUACCCAGGGUUAGACCGCCAGAUGAAACUAGACACGAUGAUCAUGUCUUUCCUCUCAAAGUCCAUCACGUGGCUCUUUCCAGAGUACAGAUUUGAUUGGCUGGUAGGAGAAUUCGUCAAAGCUACCUCCUUGGAACUUGAUUUUAUCCAGGAGGGCAAAAAUGCUGAGAGAACUGCCAAGAACUUUAUCUCCAAUGACAAGGUCAAGGUCCCUAAAGUAGUAUGGGAGUUGACAACAAGCCAGGUUCUGACAAUGGAAUUUUGCAGGGGAAGCAAGGUUGAUGAUUUAGAAUAUCUGGAGAAGAUGGGAAUAGAUCCAACAAAGGUUGCAAGAGCACUGGUGGAAGUCUUUGCUGAAAUGAUAUUUGUUCAUGGGUUCGUGCAUGGAGAUCCUCACCCUGGUAAUAUAUUAGUUUCUCCAGAGGGCAAAUCUGGAUUUUCUUUAGUUAUUCUUGAUCAUGGGAUUUACAAACAAUUGGAUGAGAAAUUUAGAAUGGACUACUGUCGGCUCUGGCAAGCUCUGAUUCUUUCAGAUUCGGCUAGAGUACAGCAGCUUAGUGAACGUUUUGGUGUUGGCAAGUAUUCUAGAUAUUUCCCCCUCAUUUUAACUGGAAGAACCAUUGACAGUAAAUCAGCUCUUGGCGAGGCCAUGUCAGUUGAGGAGAAAAGGAAGUUAAAGAAAGAUCUCAAAUCCUUACGAAUGGAGGAUGUGUCAUCAUUUAUGGAAGCUUUGCCUCCAGACUUCUUGAUAGUACUUCGUACAGAUGGGCUACUGAGGGCCAUCAAUCGCAAGUUACGCGCUUCUCAACGAGUGAGGUUGUUAACUUAUGCAAGAUUCGCCCUAUACGGUCUUUUCCAAGGGCCAACUACUCAAUCUGGUUCCGCGGCUGCAGUGUUCUUUUCCAAACUCAGGGGAAACCUGAGUUUCCUUAAAUUGAGAGUUGUCCUUGUAGUGCUGGAGUUGCUUUCCUGGAUGGAAAGGGCAAGGCGCUUGCUACUUGAGAUGGUAAACCAUCCGUAUGUGGCCGCAGGGCUGUCUGUUAAAGGACAUUAUUUAACUUCUGGAUUGUAGAUCUUGUUGCAUUAGUCAGCUUAAAAUUUUGAGACGGAUGCAAUGAAGGAGCAACCACGUCUGAGGAGAUCAUGUGUGUUUAGCUACGAUAGUCCUACUUUCCUAUCUGUGCUUUGCGUACAAACUGAAAGUAUUUAGGUAGCAAGUCACACAAUUUCAUCUAACUUCAGUCAAUCCUACUCUGCCUAGGCAGUGGGUUCCCCUUCCUCCCUUCUCGAUUACGAAAAGGAAAGUAAGCUUUGGUUCGUUCAGUGCACCAACAAAACCAGAAGACCCAUUCCCGAAAAAAGAAAAAGGAAACUCAGCAUGCAUGGUGGGAAUGCAAGCAAAGGCAAUUGACCCCUGCGUGAGAGAAAGGGUGAAAAGCACGGUGUCCGGAGAUUUGUUACCCUUUUUCAUUAAAUUGCACUCUAACGAUGAAGCAGGGAUGCAUAUGAUGGCUUCGGUGACCCAAGGGCUGGUGGUUUUGCAUAAAGCUCUAAGCGGAUGAUUGGGUUAUCAAUCUGUUCUCUCAAUUCAAGCAUGGAGUCAAUCU